AUGUCGGGUAUAAAAUCCACUGCCGUAGCUGGUGUGAAGAGGAAGAGAAAAUCGGGAGAAACAGAGCGCCGCGCAACCAAGUCAAAACCCCGCCCAAAGCCUUCCAGCGACGAGGACGAAGACCCCCAGGAAGAGAUUCUACGCCUCGAAUCGCAAAUCUUAGAGUCGCGAAAGCACUACAACAAUAUUGCGACCCUUUUGAAGCUUUCGAAAGCUUCAGACCCCGACGACGAAGCAUCCGUUCUCGCAGCCGUCGCACUAUGUCGAGUAUUCACACGACUCCUGUCUACCGGAGACAUGGUCAAGAGCAAGAGGAUGACUGAGGCUGAGACUUUGAUCAUUACAUGGUUGAAGCAAAGAUAUCAGGAAUACUUAGAGGUGCUGCUGCGCGACUUCCUCAGCAGCGAGCACCCACCCAAGCAGUCUGUGGCGUUGACUCUGCUCUUACGGCUGGUCAAGGAAGAAUCAAAAGCACAGAAAGACUUCAGUAUCAAGAAUAGCCCCCUUCAUAGGACCGUGGAGGCGCUUCUCUUACUGCCUGAAGGAGAUGGCUCGAGAGACGAAUUUGCGGAGAAGUUUUUUGGCACCUACGACGACAUCCGAUACUCUACUUUUCGAUCCAUCAAAACGCUACUUCAAUCCGAACUCGCCGAUUCAGAAAAGGAACGUGUGGCCCGCAACAGCUUGUCACUUCUUCUCAGUCUUGAGGCCGUCCCAGCAUCGAAAGACGACGUCCAGAAUUUCUACACAGAGGUCCAGGGCAAGAGUCCGGUGCCUUCUUUGAGCUCGUACAAAUCGCAAGCACAAGAAGCUUGGCUGGCAACAUUGCGAUCAGGCAUCACAAAGGAGCAGCGAAAGUCCGUUUUGACUGUUUUCUCUCACCAGAUUGCACCAUGGUUUGCGCAGCCCGAAAUGCUCAUGGACUUCCUUACAGACUCAUACGAUGUUGGGGGCGCUACAUCUCUUCUGGCGCUUUCCGGACUGUACUAUCUCAUGUCCGAGAAGAACCUCGACUACCCAUCUUUCUACCAGAAACUCUACUCGUUACUGGAUGAUGGCCUGCUGCACUCAAAACACCGAUCACGCUUCUUCAGAUUACUAGACACAUUCAUGUCCUCCACACAUUUACCAGCGACGCUUGUAGCAAGCUUUAUCAAGCGGCUCUCCCGGUUAGCGUUGUAUGCACCACCGGCUGGUAUUGUCGUCGUCAUCCCAUGGGUAUACAACAUGUUCAAGCGCCAUCCUGCAUGUACUUUCAUGAUGCAUCGCGAGAUACGAGACCCGGCUCUGAAGCAAGAAAUGGAAGAAAACGGCAUGGAAGAUCCAUUCGACAUGGAUGAGCAGGACCCGCUUCUUACAGAUGCCAUUGAGAGUAGCGUAUGGGAACUGGAGACGCUACAGUCGCACUACCACCCUAAUGUUGCGACGCUAGCGAAGAUUAUCGCGGAGCAGUUCACGAAACGGUCCUACAAUCUUGAAGAUUUCUUAGACCACUCUUACACUGCGCUCCUUGAUACGGAACUGAACAGAGAGUUGAAGAAGGAUCCCGAAGUUGAGUUCGAAAUUCCGAAACGUAUAGUCACAGCUGAGGAGGGAUUGAAUCCUCUCGGCAAGCUUCUAAGUCUUGUGUACGACACUAGAUAG